UUGGGACUUACAUAUAUUACACAACUGUGCCUUUUCUUCAUUCUGCCUGCAUCUCCUCGCCGAUGUGCUGUAACCCUACACGUUACUUAUUUUUGAUUUUUCAAUCAAACAACUCUUAGGAAAUGAGUGAGGACCAGAUUGACGGUGGCUCUCGUUUCAAUGACUCCCACAAGCAUAAAGAAAAGUAUAAAGACAAGGAACACAAACAUAAGGACCACAAGAAGGAGAAGGAACGAGAGAAAUCAAAGCAUUGCAACAGUGAUCACAAGGACUCCUCUGACAAAAAGCACAGAGACAAGGAGAAGGAAAAGAUGAAGCACAAAGAUGGCAGCGCAGACAAAUACAAGGACAAGCACAAGGAGAAGAUUAAGCCGCUUGAUGUUAAAGUCAAAAAGGAAAAGGAGAACGGCUUUGCCAGCCCUCAAGUGAAGUCUGAGCCAGAGGAUAAUUUUUACCACUCUCCUAAAAAUGAGAAAUCUCUAAAAAGAGAACGUGACGUUGAUAAUGACUCUGAAUUCAAGCCUAAAAAAAUUAAGAUUGAGAAUGACAAGAAAGUCAAGAAAAGGAAACCAGAUGAAGAGCCCAAAAAGACAAAAAACAAAAGGGAAGUCGCUGAUGGUAAAAAGAAAGCAAAGAAAGAGCCAGAGGAGAAGUGGAAAUGGUGGGAAGAAGAGAGAUACACAGACGGCGUCAAAUGGAAGUUUCUGGAACACAAUGGUCCUGUGUUUGCACCACCAUACGAGCCUCUUCCUAGUAACGUCAAAUUUUCUUAUGAUGGUAAGCACAUGAAACUCAGGCCAGAGGCAGAAGAGGUGGCCACGUUCUUUGCCAAAAUGCUGGACCAUGAGUACACCACAAAGGAUAUCUUCCGCAAAAACUUCUUUAAAGAUUGGAGAAAGGAAAUGUCUCCAGAGGAGAAGGGUAAGCUCACAGACCUGAAGAAGUGCGACUUCAAUGAGAUGAGCGUCUACUUCAAGGCACAGUCUGAGGCCAGGAAGGCCAAGACAAAGGACCAGAAACUGAAAAUAAAGGAGGAGAAUGAGCGCCUCUUGCAGGAGUACGGCUUCUGCAUCAUGGACAACCACAGGGAGCGUAUUGCUAACUUCCGCAUUGAGCCCCCGGGCCUGUUCCGCGGUCGUGGAGAUCAUCCUAAGAUGGGCAUGCUCAAACGUCGCACCAAGCCGAGAGACAUCAUUAUCAACUGCAGCAAAGACUCUAAGCACCCAGAGCCCCCUCCAGGCACCAAGUGGAAAGAGGUUCGUCAUGACAACAAGGUGACUUGGCUGGUGUCGUGGACGGAGAACAUUCAAGGCUCCAUCAAAUACAUCAUGCUGAAUCCCAGCUCUAGGAUCAAGGGCGAGAAGGAUUGGCAGAAAUAUGAAACGGCUCGCAGGCUGAAGAAAUGUGUGGAUCGCAUCAGAACCCAGUACCGCGAAGACUGGAAGUCUAAGGAGAUGAGGAUCAGACAGAGGGCUGUGGCACUCUACUUCAUCGACAAGCUGGCUCUGAGAGCGGGUAAUGAGAAGGAGGAAGGAGAGACCGCGGACACUGUGGGCUGCUGCUCACUGAGAGUCGAACACAUCAAACUCUACCCCGAAAACGAUGGGCAAGAGUUUGUGGUGGAGUUUGACUUCCUGGGUAAAGACUCCAUCCGCUACUACAACAAAGUCCCUGUGGAGAAAAGGGUAUUCAAGAAUCUUCAGCUGUUUAUGGAGAACAAGGAGACGGAUGAUGACCUGUUUGAUCGCCUGAAUACUUCUGUUCUGAACAAGCAUCUUCAGGAGCUGAUGGACGGUCUCACAGCCAAAGUCUUCCGUACCUACAACGCUUCAAUCACCCUUCAACAGCAGUUAAAGCAGCUCACAAGUGCGGACGAGAACGAUACAGCCAAGAUCUUGUCCUACAACAGGGCCAACAGGGCUGUGGCCAUCCUGUGUAACCAUCAGAGGGCUCUACCAAAGACAUUUGAGAAGUCUAUGCAGAACCUGCAGGCUAAGAUUGAUGCUAAAAAGGACCAGCUUUCUGAUGCCAAGAGAGAACUGAAGAGCUCCAAGGCGGAUGCCAAAGUACGGAGAGAUGAAAAAUCCAAAAGGUCUGUGGAGGCCAAGAAGAAGGCUCUUCAGAGGAUAGAGGAGCAGCUCAUGAAGCUGGAGGUGCAGGCAACUGACCGCGAGGAGAACAAGCAAAUUGCUCUCGGCACUUCCAAGCUCAACUAUCUCGACCCUCGCAUCUCUGUGGCUUGGUGUAAGAAGUGGAGCAUUCCCGUGGAGAAGAUCUACAACAAAACCCAGCGUGAGAAGUUUGCCUGGGCCAUCGAUAUGGCCGAAGACGACUAUGAAUUUUAAAUCCCAGUUUGUGGUUUAUGAUACACUCGUUUUUUUUAUCGGAUACUUGUUUUUUAGCUUAACCGAACUUUGCUCGAUUGCCAGACCCGAUCAGGAAUUUCAGACAGUUUGAGCAAAAAACAGCGGCGAGAUGGUAAGACGAGAUGAGGCCAUAAUGAAGUGGCCGGAGGGUGUUGUGUUUAGUCCUCACCAUCUGAUCCGAGAUCAGGCAUCAGGGCUGAACUUAACCCACAACUGAGCAUCAAGGCUCCCAGUAAUUGGAAGACCUUUGUACCUUUUUGUGUCUCUCCCUCCUCGGGGACAAAACCUGACAAUGCCUGAACUUUGAACUCUGGUCCUAUAGCUACUGUAUUCUGCAAAAACAAAAAAGGCUUUGUCAUUUUAUUUUCUCUGUUCACUUGCUUUGUAUUUUAGCCCUCCCAUGUAUUAUUAAUGAAUUCUAUAUUUUGAUAGACAAAGUUAAAUCAAAUGAAUUCCUUAACUACACCCACGCGCCUUUCGAGGAAAUGGAAAUGUGAGCUUGACUUUUGAGGUGUGUGUGUGUGUGUGUGUGUGUGUGUGUGUGUGUGUGUGUGUGUGUGUGUGUGUGUGUGUAUAUAUGAGGGUCUCGGCCAUGGAAUUGUUUGGGUGAAUAUUUUAAACUGGACUAUGUUAUUGUUUAGCAUGAAAGAGGAUGUCUGGGCAGGCAGAAGGGGGAAAAUACUGCAACCAUGUCAAUAUUUACUUACGCAAGCAGAAUGUGAAUAUUUUGUUUUACAGCCUCCAUCAGGGACUUCUUUUUCAGUGUAAAUGUGAACCAAUCAUUUGUAUCCUUAAGUCGCAAGCAUCCUCUCAAUCUAUCUGCAUAGCAAUGUCUACAUCUGAUUUUAACUUAAUUUAACAAUUGUUCCAAGAUUAAAAAACACCCGUACCUGUUACUUGAAGAUAAUGCUAUGAUAAUGUAUUUAAAGUCAUUUAAAUGGAAAGUGUUUUUCUUCCCAGAAGGUAUGUGAGGGAUAUCAACUUUGCCAAAAAAAAAUAUCACCAACCUGUUACAAUUUAGGCAGUUUUUUUCUUUUCUUUUUUAAAUUGUGUAAAGAUUGAGGAUGAAAUAAUGUAACAUUCAAUGUGAAUUAUCGGUUCAUUUUAUUCCACUUUUAUGAUAGGAAAAUUGAUGUAAGUAGCUGUAAAGUCGAACAUCCUAUUCCUGUUUUACCUUUGUGUCAUAGCCUUUGAUCAUGUUUUCUUUGAGUUUUAUGCUCAUUGUAGGUUAAAAAAAUGAAUAAAACCCUACAAGUGUAUAUAUAUUAA